AUGGGUGCAGGCGCUAGUGCGGAGGAGAAACACUCCCGUGAGCUAGAGAAGAAGCUGAAGGAAGAUGCUGAGAAGGAUGCCAGGACAGUCAAGCUACUGCUUCUUGGAGCUGGAGAAUCGGGGAAAAGCACCAUUGUCAAGCAAAUGAAAAUUAUUCACCAGGAUGGCUACUCCUUAGAGGAGUGUUUGGAGUUCAUCUCCAUUAUCUACAGCAAUACCUUGCAGUCCAUGUUGGCUAUUGUGAGGGCCAUGGGCACACUCAACAUCCAAUAUGGGGACUCCACCAGGCAGGAUGACUCCCGCAAGCUGCUGCACUUAGCAGACACCCUUGAAGAGGGCACCAUGUCUAAGGAGAUGUCCGACAUCAUCUGCCGCCUCUGGGAGGACCCUGGCAUCCAGGCCUGCUUUGAGAGGGCCUCGGAGUACCAGCUGAAUGACUCGGCUGGCUAUUAUCUGAGUGACUUGCCACGGCUGGUGGCACCUGGAUACGUCCCUACAGAGCAAGAUGUUCUCCGCUCCAGGGUUAAGACCACGGGCAUAAUUGAAACCCAGUUUUCCUUUAAGGACCUCAACUUCAGGAUGUUUGACGUGGGGGGCCAACGCUCAGAACGCAAGAAGUGGAUCCACUGUUUUGAAGGAGUCACUUGCAUCAUCUUCAUUGCUGCCCUCAGCGCUUAUGACAUGGUCCUGGUGGAGGAUGAUGAAGUAAAUCGCAUGCAUGAGAGCCUGCACCUCUUCAACAGUCUCUGCAACCACCGGUACUUUGCCACCACCUCCAUUGUUCUUUUCCUCAAUAAGAAAGAUGUUUUCCAGGAAAAGAUCAAGAAGGCGCACCUCAGCAUCUGCUUUCCAGAUUACAAUGGGGCCAAUACAUAUGAGGAUGCCGGUGCCUAUAUCAAGCUGCAAUUCCUGGAGUUGAAUAUAAGACGGGAUGUGAAGGAAAUCUACUCACACAUGACCUGUGCCACUGACACACAGAAUGUCAAGUUUGUCUUUGAUGCUGUCACUGACAUAAUCAUCAAGGAAAACCUGAAGGAUUGUGGCCUCUUUUGACGGCAGGUAUCCCUGGCUCUUCUGAUGAAAUGCAGCAUUGCUAAUUCAGCAGUGUGAAAGAGAAGCAAGCCCCUCACCUAAGCUGACGCAUUCAUUCUUGCACACUGGCUGGUUAUAAUGACUCAUCCACGGUGAAAGGAGUUUUUUCCCUCAUAUGAACUAAGCCAGACAGAAGCCAAUGACAGAUCCUCUAUGAUGGUGUGGGCAUUUAUUAACCCUCUAAACUCAGGCUGCUUUUAGUAGGUCUCCGUAUUAUGCCUCAGGUGUUUUGAUGUCCACCUCUUCUGUGUACAUGCAGGAAAAGCAGGCAAGAUCUUUGUUCUGGAAUCUCUCUUUCUACCUAAGCCAGUGCUGUGCCACUGU